AAACCCAAUUGCCAGACAUAUUCGGUAUUUAUCUUGUGCAUCUCUUACAGUGAGGAACUGAAAAUCGAAAAGCGGAAAGACUGCAGUAAAAUCUGAAUAUUUUUGCCGUAAAAAUAACAAAAAAAAAAAAAAAACAGACAAAUAAUAAGCGAUAGCAAAGAAGACUGUUGAAUUGAAAAAUACAGCGCUACAAACAUUUUGUGCUAACGGAUUUGUUAAAAUAAAGAAAAAAUAUAUUUUUUCCUUUUUUAUUUUUUGCUGUGAAUAGACAACAAAAAAGUGCAUUUAUUAAAACAUUUAAAAAUAAAAAAACAAGCAAGUUUAUUUUUGCACGCAAAAAGUGAAUUGGGGUGCAGCAAUUGCCAAAAAGUAAAUUUGCAGAUAACAAAAGCCAAGCGAGUGAAAGUCAACAAUAAAUUAAAAGACUAAAAUAAAAAAAACAACUUUAAAGAUUAUAAAUAUUUAAGAAAUCCGAAACAUUUAAUCCAACUGCAAUCACGGCGCCCACAGUUACAAUGACAGCCACAACUCCUGUUAAAAUAAAUCGUUCCAAUAGCUUUGUCAACUCCCUCAAAUGGUGGCCUCUGCAAAACCAUCAGCCAACGAAUGGUGAUGGUGGUGGCGGAGGCGGCGGCGGUGGUGGAGCCAAUAGUCCAGCUGGACUGGCUGGUUUCCGGGGCUUAAUAUCAUUUAAUAAAACACCUACCCAAACCACAUUCGGCAGCUCGGUGGCUGUACAAAAAUUACGUGAAUCUAAAUGGUUUACACGCGAGGAGCAGCGCAUAUUUUGUGCCGUUGUGGAGUGUGGCUUCAUUGUGGAGUUGCGCAGCAGUGCUGCGGUGGCACGCAAAUUGGCCCAACAACAACAGCGACGUCAACGUUUGCUCAGUUUAAGCAAUAAAACAACGACAGGACACCACCAUCAGACCACAAUUUCUAAUGGCAAUUGUGGUGGCAUUGAAGAUCUGAGCGGCAAAUGCAACAGUGUCGCAACAACAAACUGUCAUAAUGAUUCGCAAAGAAUUUUCACAACAAGUGUCUCGUCAUCGGAUUACAGCAGUGAUUAUGCCAUUGCCGAUGACGACGAUGACUUCGAUGAAGAUGAUUUGGAAUUGCAAGAUAAAAAUGAUACACCGAUACCAACAUGGUUCGGUAUUGUUUUAUGCAAAACCACAAAAGACAAUAAAACAAAACCCGAUACAAUUGAAAUAUUUUCUGUGAAAAUACGUGAAAAUGGUACAUUUAAAAUGUUGAAAAUGUCCCUGGAGGAUGUUUGGACCAAUGGCUGGGAAUUACGUAUUAAUAAUUUUGCCGACAAGGAAAAGGCACCGCACAACGAGAAGGAUAUAAGAAAUCAAAUAUCCUUUGCACGCAAAGCGAAACAAAGCCUGUGGAAUAAUAAUCAGCAUUUUGUUUAUUGGUGUCGCUAUGGCAGUCGUCAGCAGGAUGUACGAAAACGUCAGAUGUCGGAAUGUGUUAAAUGGGGCAGUGUUGGCAUGAAUGCCGGCAUGCUGUUGCUGAUGAACAAAAAAUCAUAUUCCACCUCAAAGUAAGGCGGCGAAGUGAAUGCGAAUUUUGUUGCCUCAAAAAACAAAACAAAAAAAAAAACUGUGAACAUUCUUUAUUUUUGGAAUUUGCAACCAAAGAAUGGAUUAUUUUAUAAAUACUAUUAUUAUUAUUAUAAUUAUUGUUAUUAUCAAUCACCAAAAGUUUUGGUAUGUAAUGAGGGUUAGAACACUUAAAACAGAAACAAAACAAAUAUUUGUGAUAAUCGAAAAAAAAUUAAUAUUUUUAAAAAGAAACCCCCCACAAAGUAAUACCUCAAUACGUGAUUGAAUGAAUGGUAAUUUAUUUUUUUGGGGAGGUACACUUUUUCUAAUGAUAAGAUAACCAACAACCAUUUAAGGCCUUGGCUAGAAAUUAUUUAAAUUAUGGCAGAAAAAAACAACAACUCAGAGUAUACCAAGUAUUAGUAAAUGUUUACUUGCCAAUUUGAAUAAUGAAAGUAUUAGAAAAAAAUGUAAAAAAAUAAAAA